UUAAUAAAUGCCUUUUAAGUACGUACUACUGCUUAUUAACACCUAGGCACUUCGUUUCCUCAGCAGGUUACACUCUUAAACGUACACUGUAACUUUCUAGUCGGUGGUCAGUCGCCUGCUGUUUCCAUAGAGAUGUUAUUGCUCAGCCUAGAGAGUGUUCAUUGGUCUGGCUAACGUAGCCUAACAGAGUCAAAUCGACGUCCAAGAGUUUAAUACCAUAUACUGGGGAACAUUCCACGCAAAGCAUAAAAUAAUGAAUCAGACAUGGCCUGCCUGCAGUCUGUGCCCUCGCCAGAACAUUUGAGCUGCGGUCACGCUGUUGGAGUGUUGAGCUGGAGGUGCGCUCAGACCGGUGCGUGGCUCUGAAUCGGCUCCCUCUUGGGGAACAUUCCUGUGGCCCGCUGCGGAGAGUGGAGCGCUGAUGUUUGUUCAGGUGCAAAAGGCACGGGGACGCGCACAGCUCUGGAGCGCGCACUGCUGUUGCGGUACCGCCCGCUCCCGCAUUCUCUACGCUGCCGAGGGCUUCUGUGGCUUCUGUGGACGGCUCCACGCGUUUACAACGCUACGUCCCGCACCGUGGCCUCGCGCUGACCAAGUUGAGCCUCGUGAGAAGCACACUUUGAGUUAGAGCUCGAGCGCGCUGACUGGAUACUCCACUUUCUGAAGGACUUGCGCAAAAGCUGCCUGAUGCGAGCUUUGGACGAACCCUCUCCAUGAAGGAGCUGUCACAACAUGCUGCCCUCUGCGCUGCUCCUCCUGCUCCUCUGUGUCCGGGCCCUGUCCUCAGAUUGUCCAGAAAACUGCUCCUGUCCCUCACCUGACUCUGUCUUCUGCUUCACGCGCCGCUCCAGCACUGUGCCCCCAGUGCCCUCCAGCACGGAGCAGCUCUACAUCUUCAACAACGGCAUCUCUACUCUGAGUGCGGAGGACUUUCAGCAUCUGGGCCAGCUCCAAAUGUUGGACCUGAGUCAGAACCAGCUAAGCGAGGUUCCUGAUGGAGUCUUUGAGAUGCUCCUAAAGCUGAAGAACCUGGAUCUGUCCUCCAACCAGAUCAGUCACAUUUCCAAAGACAGUUUCUCAGGGCUAGUUCAGCUCGAGCGCCUUUAUCUCUAUGGAAAUCAGAUUCAGAUCAUUCAGAUUGGAGCAUUUGAUAGUUUGCAUAACCUACUAGAACUUAAACUCCAUGAAAACCUGCUCACUUCUCUACCAACUCUUUCCUUUCCUCGACUCCUGCUUCUGGACCUCAGUCACAACAACAUUCCUACUCUGGGACCAUCUGACCUGCAGAUUCCUCACCUUGAGGCCCUCAAGGUCUCCUCUUUGGGCCUAACCUCUUUAGACACAAACCUGAUUGCUUCUUUGGAAAACUUGCAUUACUUGGACAUCUCUAUGAACCAGUUGGUUGAGGUUCCUCUGGCAUUAAGGCAGGAUAACCUCCGGGGGCUCAUUAGGCUGAACCUGGCUGGCAAUCCUCUCAGAGAGCUGAAGGCUGAGGACUUCCAAAAACUCAAUGGUCUCCAGGAGCUGGACCUGAGUGGACUGAACCUUCAGAGUAUCCCCCAGGGGUUCCUGGACAACUUCCCCCGGCUGGUGCACCUCAAAGCAGCAGAGAACCCCUUCAACUGCUUAUGUCCUCUGGCCUGGUUCUCUGUGUGGCUCAGAGAGAAGACAUUAACCCUUGGGAGGCCAGAGGAGACCAGAUGCCACUUUCCUCUGGUUAAUGCUGGGAAAAUGCUUUCCGAACUAGAAUACAAGGACUUUGGCUGUCUGCACACCAGUACAGUGGGAGCCAGUACAUUUUCUCAAAGCACUUUGGUUGGUCAUAUGACUACAUAUCCAGACACAGCACACAAAAAUGCCACUUCCAGCCCCUUGCUGCGAGUGAGUAACCCCUCAUCCAUAGCCCCCUCUCAGUCCCCUCAAACCAGUGACCAGACCCAGUGUCCUGGGCUCUGUCAGAAUGGGGGGCAGUGUCAGGUGGACCCACUGGGGCAGAGGGGCUGCCGGUGUCUGCCUGGGACUGCUGGCCUGUACUGUGAGACCAAAGAGGACCCUCUAAAGCCUUGGUCCACAGAUGUGCCUGUGGUGGUCCCCAUCAGCUCACGCCAUGUUACUGCUACCUCCAUUCUGCUGGACCUGCACCGCUUCAUCCAGACUCAGCCACAUAUCCGUGGCAUCAGGCUUACCUACCGCAACUUGUCCGGCCCUGACCACCGGCCCAUUAUCCUGCGAGUGCCUGCCUCCUACCCUGAGUACACACUGAGAGGCCUGCGUCCAAACUGCACCUACUCUGUUUGUGCCAGUCCAUUAGUGGAGAAGAUCCAGCGCUGGAACUCCUCGGGGGAGAUGGUGUCGUGCACAGAGGCACGCACGGCCGGGGCCCCUCUCAGCCCUCAGGAGCCACGCUUCACCACACCGGGCCCACAGUCUGGCAACCUGGAGCCUGCACUGGCUGCUCUGGCCCUGCUGCUCGGGCUGGCGGUGCUCACCGGGACAUUGGUGUGUGUGAGGAGGAGAAGGACCAAGCCUGGCCUGGAGGUGGAGGGGAGAUCAUGUGAAGUUACUUGCCCAGACCCUCACACUCCAGAGCAGGUUUCAGUUCCACACACACAGCCUGACAGUGACCCUGCACUGGGCUCAGCGCACAAGCAGGCAGGGGCUGCCUCUGAAGGGAGAACUGUAUCUCUGAAAUGAUCAUGUGUCUUUAAAGCCCUUACACUGCUGAUGAUCAGUAGACAAAUAGAUUGGAUAUUGGGUCAAGUAGCUGAUAAAGUCAGAAACUAAUUCUUAGCUUGGACUAAAGCCUCAGCUGAAGAAAAUGCACAACUAAGACAGGUACUUGGUGAGAUGAUAAACAUGAUCCUAUAUCAUCUUAGCACUGACUAUUUUUAAAUACAAAAUAACACAUUAUGGCCAUAUCUUGCCACCAGUCUUAGCCUAAGCGCAAGUGGGCGUGUCCAGGUGGGGCUGUACAUCGCUGUUGCAGUCCACUCCCACAGACUCACCUGAGGUACGAGUGUCCAGUGCUGCUACUGCUGACCGCUCACAUUCUCGUCUCUUGGGUCCAUUGCAUUUGGUCCCACACAGGUGAAUGUCUCGCGGAUUAUGGAAUACGUUUAUUGUCAUAUAAAUGUUUCUGAUGUUACCGCUUCGCGCACAGCUGUCACAGCCCAGAGCUGUCAGUGCAUGUGCGCGCAGAGUCUGGCCGCAAGAAUAUGAGGAAAUCAACAUCACAGCAUUAGGACACAGACAGAGUAAGAAAACAGACUUUAGGACAUCACUGUAAACGGCCUCAUGUGAAUGAGCAGCUUUUGUACAAAUCCCUAUCAAACCAAACUCUAGAGCAGAGCUGAGCCGAUACAGGGAGCGGGCGAGGGGCUGUGCUCUGCUGCGGGAGGGUAUCCGAACGACUCCCGCACACGAACAUGUUAUGAAUGUUAAGCUUUUAUCAUCCUAAUAUAUUUCUAAAUAAAAGAAGCCUUGAGCAUGUUACAUGUUGUUUUUCAGUGAACUCAUUUGAUAUUUAUUUUUAUGAUUCUGGCAAUUCACUAAACGCGCCACACCUGCCCUCAAUCUGCUCCGCUCCACCUGACGAGGCACGGCACACCUCUGGUGUAAAACUCCACGCCCCACACUUGCGCUAAGCGCUAAGACUGGGGGCAAGAUAUGGCCCUAAAUGUUUUUAAGUCUGUAUGAAAGUCCUGAUAGUCAUGAGGUCUCUAUGACGUCUCUAUGAGGCCUCACCAGUAAAAAGAAAGAAUACUUUGCUUACUUACUUUACUUAAGUACAGAUUUAGUAUUGGCUUUCAAAUGCACUUAAAAAGUAUUUUGCACAGAUAUGGCAACUAACCCAGGUGUGAACCACAACCCAACCAGGUUAUUAAUGUUUCAAACUCACAAAUUUACUCCAUUGAUACCUUGCAGUGACAUCACGCCAAGGGUGUACAUACGAUAUACAUAAGACAAUGGUGGAAUAUUCAUCAGUUACCAUGGUGACAAUGCACACAAACCAGGCCAAAAAUAAUUUUAUAACUGAGGAAAAAAUACAAAAUUAAAAAAUUAAAACAAUACAUUUUCAGGAACCUGUGAUCAGUACAAGUGUCCAUAGUUCUGUUUAAGACUUUGAGAUUCAACAAAAAGGUGAGAGUGAAAAACUGUUGGCUAAUGCUAACUAGCUUGUGACUGUAAUUGAGAGGGACUUGUUUAACAGCACAAAUCAGCUCAUGUGUUGUAAGUCAGUUCGUAAUGGUCAGAUUGUGUUCAAAAAAGGUUCAACAUUAAAGUACCCCCACCCUACGUAAAGUCUAAUAAAGUAGUUCUUACGGUUAGUAUCACACCCUCAGGGUAUGUUGAUGACAUCAGCUGCAAAGUAUCAAUAGACACUAAUAACAAAAUGUAUUUAUCUGGGAUAUAAACGUAAACUGCAUGCAUGUUUAAGCAUACAGCUAUAUUUUAGUCUAAUUACUCUUCCAUUUCACUCAUUCUGAUCAAAAAUACAAAUCUGAUGCACUGAGGAUAGACUGGUGUUAUGGGUCUUGGCCACUUUGUGUUGAAACAGUGUUCUCUUUGGCCUUUGUUCUUUCUUUGUCUGUAUGCAUCUUCCCGUUCAUGAGCAAACAAAGACUGAGGCAGCCUAGACAAAAUACCAAUGGCAAAUAUCGACUAAACUUGAAACAUAAGAUACCUGGGAAAACCCUUCGAUAUCAUCAAUAUUGAUAUAUAUGUCCCAUUCCCAAUGCUAUUCCGAGAGCCAGAGCCCUCCACCGUGAUUAUUUACCUCCUUUUUCUUACUAUUAUUUUUCAUGAGUCACACCCUCGGAACAUUACGAGUUCAGAAUCUUUUGUUUCAACUCAAUCCCGUUCAGUCUCAGGACCCAAGAACCCUUUUGUGAUUGUGAUUGAAAACUUAAAAACACUCAACAGUGCUUUUUAAUUAUCCUACUCAUCCUGUCGAAAAGUCUGUGUGCACAUGGAGUCGUCAUCUGAACUAAACAGGCUUAAAAAACAUUAGUUCAAAUGGACAUCCUGUUUUUUUGUUUGUUUGUUUUGUUUUAUUUUGUUUCAUUUGUGAAUAAAAAACAUAAUUGGUCCAAGUCUACUGACAUCACCUCAGACAUGUAUAGUCAAAACAUAUAAAAAAUAUGGAUAUGUUUGUAGCUAGCAAUGUUUUUUAUAGCGGAUUUUAACACCCGUCCCUAUAACAUGAAGAGUCACACAACAUUAUCACCAACUGUACCUCAGACUAGAGGUCUGCACGGGACAGAAUUUUGCCCGCCCGCUCCCGCAAAGAAUUGUAAUUUUCAGUCCCGCUCCCGCCCGCAUCUGCAAUAUUUUGUCCCGCGCCCGCCCACAAGUCCCGCAGGAUGGGAACCUUUGCUUUCUUAAACUCUAUCAAACACAGAGAAGUGAAAGAAAUUGGGCUGCGUAUGAGAGGAGGUGCGGUGGGUGAUCUGGCGGCAUGGUUAAGUCCUGGCUAAAUCCUGUUUAGUCCUGGAUUUAGAGCUGUUUUUAGACCUGGUUUAGGCCUGGUUUAGUUCUGGUUUUGUUGCACAGGCAGCACGACGUACGGAAGGAGGUACGAAAGGAGGGACUGUGUGCGCGGCGUACGGGGCGUGAGAGACUGCUCACGCGGCGUACGGAAGGACGGACUGUCCGCGCGGUGUACGCGGGGGUACUGUUCGCGCGGCGUAAGGGACGCGGGGGACUGUUCGCGUGCUGUACGGGAAGGGUGACGGUCUGCUGCUUAAAAUGUAUUAAUGCCAAAUAAAAACUCCAGCACAAAUUAUGCAUGAUAUACUUACAUUAAUCUUUUUUAUAUUUUACUUUAUACUCAUAUUUAGUUUGCGGGACUGGAGUUUAUCAUCCCUCCCGCCCUGCUCCCGCAUUGUUUAGCCCCACUCCCGCCCGCAGCGAGCUUUCAAAAUAUGUCCCGCGUCGCAGAGGUUUGCGUCGGGUCCCGCGGGACCAGAGGACCGCAGGACUGCAGGGCUCUACUUUCGACCGCAUGAAAUGAAAAUACAUAGAAAUGAGUGUACAUUUCAUUAUUUAUCAAUAAAUAAUGAGCAAUUGAACUGUAAUUGAAUUAUGUCAAUGAUCAUGUCUCACAAUUCCACUGAUGUUGUUUUAAAUACAUAUGACAUUGGCCCUAUCUUACAGAUUUGAGGCAUGUAAUAUAGGAACGACUUGGCAUGGUUUAAUGAUUAUAAAAGAAUAAAAUAAAAUAUAAUAAUCUGCCAUAAACAGUCCAAAGGCAAUGACUAAAAAAACUAUUUUCUGCUAGAUUAGAUUUUGACCACACUCCCUUUUAAACCUCCCAAAACUCAAACUUUUUAAAAGAUACAAGACUUAAAUUUCACAUAGGUAAUGUUUCAUAUAUCAACAUGAAAAGUUUGAAUAAAAUCCAUGAAAAUUAUGUUGAUUUUUUUAUCCUGCAGUUUUUUGCCAGUUUCCUAUGUAAUGGCCCCAUAUACAUUUUAUGGCCAAAAGACUGAGAAUUCCAUGUUCGGUUUGGGGGUGUGGAACAUUAUAUCUGUUAUAGCAGGUGAUCCACUGGACAAACAGAGCUCAUCUUAGGGCUAUUUUGAAUCUGAUAAAUUGGGGAAGUUUUCUAUUUUCUUUUUUUUAUUAUUUUUUUUUAUUAAUAGUAAGGCAGGAAGAAAAGGUAGGAAAACAACUGCGGUGGAGGGGUUUGGCUCCCAGACUACUAUAAUGUUGUUUUGUUGAAGUUUUAUUUUGUUUCACACACACACACGCACGCACGCGCACACACACACACACACACACACACAUAUAUAAAACACACAAAUCCUUGCAUAUUUAGGCUGAGUUCUUCUCUCAAACUGAACAGACUGUUUCACCUUGUGAUGUCAUGUGGUAGCUGUGAAACUACUUGAAAACUACCAUUAUAUGACAUCACAAGUUGGAACAGAACAUUUUGACUAAUGAUGCAACGUUACUCAAAAAUGUGUGGAUGAAACAAAACACAAUUCCAAGUAUGUUUUUGAGGAGGUAAAGCAUUCUAACAUGGCUUAAAGCUCACAAGAGUCGAUUUUGCUUAGUAUAGGACCUUUAAAUGAAGAGGGAUGAGCUGUUACUGAGCCAGUAGAGGAUGCUGCCACAGGAGUUGAUUGUUUUAGAUGAAAUCUGCGCUGUGCUGUGAAAGAGAAAAGGACUGUGCAGUUUGUGUAGUAUGUUACAAACUCUUGCUGUUUGUAUGUAUUUUGAUUUUGUUUAGCUGACCUUCUGGUAUAUGUCAUUAAAGCUUAGAUUGUUGAUUUAAAAUGUGCUCCAAACAGAGAUCAACUUGACAAUAAAAAUUAUCUAUAAUAAAUGCUAAAGAUACAGUAUGUAACUUUACUGCAGAGUGGCAAAACAAUGUCAUCUCCAUGGAUACAAAAGGUGGCAUAGCCCCCCCUAGAAAAGUUACACAGUGCAAAUUUAGAUUGAGAAAUAAAGUCAUGUCAUGUCCAUCUGCCUGUAUGAUUUAAAUAGAAACUUUAUUUGUCCCUAUGGUGAAAUUUGAAUUACCUAGCAGAAGAGUCUACUGACUUAGAUUUAGACUUAGAUAAACUUUAGUUAUCCACAAGGGAAAUUAUUUGGACCCAGUAGCUCACAGAUCACAAUAAAUGGUAAAAUAAUUCUAAAUCAGUAGCAAAAAAUUAUAGCAAGAGACAGGUGUCAUAAUUAAAGACAUAAUUAUAUAAAUGUAAAUGUGCAAGUAAAAAUAAAAUAGAAAGAUAAGUAAUAAAAUAUAAAAAAUAUAUAAAAUUGUGUGUUAAAGGCUCUGGACUGAUUUUUCCCCCAUGUAUUUUAGCAAAAAAAUGUCUUUCUCCAAUAUUGUAUAAGCUGCUUUGACCUCUCAAAGAUAAACUUAUGACAUCUUUCUGGUGAAUAAUUAGGAGGUGUGGAAUACAUAAGGUAAGUGAGGAAUAACU